AUGGACCUUGCCAAGAUGACCAUGGUACAGGACUGGGAACAACCUGGUUCGGUUACAGAAGUGAGGAGUUUCCUCGGCCUUGUAGGCUACUAUCGCAGGUUCAUUAAAGACUUUUCCAAGAUAGCCAGGCCGUUGUUUCAACUCACUCGGAAGGAUCUUAAGUUUGCUUUGAACGAGAAAGCCGAAGCAGCUUUUCAGGAAUUAAAGGACAGGCUGACGUCCACACCUGUGCUAUUAACUCCUGAGUUUUUGGAACGUGAGACAUGUACUUGGGUUCUGAAAAUUAGGGCGUUACAUAAGGAGCCUCCUACUACUACACAUGAUGACUGCCAUGAUCAGGUCACCCUGGAAGCCUGCAUGGCCAGUAUUGAGGAGAAUCAGGCAUAUCUGAAAUGGAAAUUCAAGAAGAUGUUGCGUACCUUGAAGACUCGCUUGUGCUGUAUGCAGGACAAGGGUGCGCCUCCGCCUUCUCCAAAAUCGGACGACUAG